GUCUUCUUCUUUCACCAAACCAAACCACGUCUAAGCACAAUGUCUGAACAAGGACAAGUACACAUACAUAAAAUUACCCCACGGGACAAAGAUAUUCAAGCAAAAGGCCCUAUCAACAAGUACAGUCGUACCAUUACUCAAACACCUACCGCCGGUGCUGCCCAAGCUCAACUUUAUGCCACUGGAUUGACGGAUGACGACUUUGCUAAGGCACAGGUUGGCAUUACUAGCUUCGGAUAUGACGGAAAUCCUUGCAAUAUGCACAUUAACGACCUGGCCGCCAAAGUGAAAGAAGGAGUAAACAAAGCAGGCCUCGUGGGAUAUCAGUUCAACACCAUCGGAGUUUCCGAUGCCAUCCCCAUGGGUAGCGCUGGUAUGUCCUUCUCUUUACCCAGUCGCGAUAUCAUUGCUGAUUCUAUUGAGACGGUCAUGAGCGCUUUGUGGUAUGAUGCAAAUAUCUCUAUCCCGGGAUGUGACAAGAACAUGCCUGGAUGUUUGAUGGCUAUGGGUCGCUUGAAUCGUCCCUCCAUCGUCAUUUAUGGUGGAACUAUGAAGAAAGGAAAGGGUACACUUGGCCGUUGCGCAGACCGAGAACUGGAUAUUGGAAAUGCUCUUGAGUGCAAUGGUGAAUUGAUCAGCGGUAAAAUCAAUGAAGAGGAGCGCCGCGAUAUCAUUCGACAUGCUUGCCCCGGUGCUGGAGCUUGUGGAGGAAUGUUCACUGCUAACACUAUGUCGUCAGCUAUCGAAGCUCUUGGUAUGUCUUUGCCAUACAGCUCCUCUAUCCCUGCUGUAGAUGCCCUCAAGACUCAAGAAUGUCUUCGUGUUGGUGUGGCUAUCCGAACUCUCUUGGAGAGAGAUAUUAAGCCCAGUGAUAUUAUGACUCGCAAAGCAUUUGAGAAUGCCCUUACCGUCAUCAUGGUUCUUGGUGGUUCAACAAACGCUGUUCUUCAUAUGAUUGCUGUUGCAAAAUCUGUUGGAGUUCCUCUUACAAUUGACGAUUUCCAAGCAAUUGCCGAUAAGACUCCUUUCCUUGCCAAUCUUCGACCUAGUGGAAAGUAUGUAAUGGAAGAUUUGCAAACUGUUGGAGGCACUCCCGCUGUCCUCAAGUACCUGUUGGAAAAUGGUAUGAUCCAUGGCGACUGUAUGACUGUCACCGGUAAGACCAUGGCAGAGAAUUUGGCCGAAUUACCAGGUUUGACCGAAGGACAAGACAUUAUUCGACCUCUUUCAAACCCUGUCAAGAAGACUGGACAUCUUACAAUCCUCAGGGGUAACCUCGCUCCAGAGGGUGCUGUUGCUAAGAUUACUGGCAAGGAAGGCUUAGCAUUUAAGGGUAAAGCACGCGUCUUUGACGAUGAAGAAAAAAUCUUUGAAGCCCUGGAGCAAGGUGCUAUCCAGAAAGGCGACGUUGUUGUAGUGCGCUAUAAGGGUCCAAAGGGCGGUCCUGGUAUGCCAGAAAUGCUCAAGCCUACUUCCGCCAUCAUGGGAGCUGGUCUUGGUAAAGAUGUUGCCCUCAUCACCGAUGGACGAUUUUCAGGUGCCUCUCACGGAUUUAUUAUCGGCCACAUUUGUCCUGAAGCACAAGUUGGAGGUCCUAUUGCGCUGGUCAACGACGGUGACGAGAUCACCAUUGAUGCCAACACCCGCGAGCUGACUGUUCAUGUAUCUGACGAAGAACUCGCAAAAAGAAAGCAAACAUGGUCAGCUCCUCCUCUCAAGUAUACCAAGGGUAUCAUGGCAAGAUACUGUAUGACUGUCAAGAGUGCUAGCGAAGGUGCUGUUACUGACGAACUUUGAAACAAACAAUAAAAAGAAGUGUGAUAAAAAAUUCAAAUGGGAGUAUUUCAUUCCAAAAAUUCAAGCAUUUUUACUCUCUAUUGCGAAC